AUGGCGAAAUACAAGAACCUCCUCAAAGUAAUCUCCAUACAAGAUCUAAUCCUCGCCUCCCAAUCUACUCCACCUUCCAUCUCCAUCGACUUCCUCCACCGCCUCUCUCAGAAACUCCACCUCAACCGCGGCCCCUCCGCCUUCCUCCGCACCUACCCUCACAUCGUCCACAUUUUCACCCACCCCGUUAACCUCCAACCCUACUGCACACUCACACCCGCCGCUCGCCUAAUCGUCCGCCAAGAAUCCGACGCCUUAAACAAAUCCACGCCCCUCGCAGUAACCCGAUUGGUCAAGCUCCUAUCAAUGUCCCUCACCAAAAAGCUGCCCCUUCGUGCCAUUUUCAAGGUCUGGAGAGAAUUGGGUCUGCCCGAUAACUUCGAGGACUCCGUUAUUUCGAGGAACCCCGACAUUUUCUCGCUCCGAGAUGGAAACGAGCCCAACACUCAUUACUUAUUGCUCGGCGAUACUGACCUUUUUGCACAUUGA